AUGCCUUCGCAUUGGGAGAGGGUCCCUCCCCUCGACGCAGGAAAAGCCGAUGGCGAAAGGAGCUUCCUGAGGGUGCUCUAUAUACAUCUCUACGAAGUACGGCCGUCUGCCGAAUACAUUUCAGAACACGGAUACCUUGCACCGCAUUCGAAAGGGGAUUUUCUGAGAGUCAUUAUCACCUGUGAUCAAUCGCAGGCUCCGCUGUCUUUAUUGCAGUCCUACGUUCAUCCUUUUGCAUGGGAGUGCUACAACGGUACACCGCUUCCAACAUUCGAUGUCCACCGCCAAAUCGAGCAGGUACAUUUCUCGUUCAAUCUGAACCAGCCGCGUGCUUUUCAAUGGAACAUUUCUUUGUCUCUAGACUCGGUUCUCGCAUUUGAUUCCCUAGAAAUGAAGCUCAAGAAUUUUCGACUUCCGGUGCAGUGGGUAGAUCUCCCUGGAGAAGGCUGGAAAACUGCGAUUGGACUCGCGUAUGGCGAAGCAUCCUGCCAGGAUCUACUAUCCUGCAGAGACUACUACCUCAUGGCUUCGCACGGAGAUGUUAUGAAAUUCGAGAAGAUGAUAGGCGGACAAGAGUAUGCUGUUAAGCAAGUUGUUAAGUCAGAAUACAAAGACGCCCCAUUUCCAGCAAUUGCCCCCGAUAGUUUUCGCAUCGCGACAGCAUCACACUAUGAGUAUCGAAAUGAGAAAGCCCAUCUAGUCACGUCAUAUGCUGGAGGCGGUCAUCUAUUUUAUUACUUGCAGAAAGAACGGCGCUUCGACCUGGAACGAUCGAGGCUUUACAUUGCAGAGCUUCUUCAUACUUUGGACAUCUCGAUAAAGCACGGCUAUAAGAGAUACGAUCUUCGCCCCCUGGCCAUCAAGUUGGAUCGUGUCGGUCGCGUUAUGAUCUGCGAUUAUGAUCUCUAUCGACACAGCAAUGAUUCGCUCAAGGACUAUACUGCUGACUGGUACGAGAACAGAUAUCCUUGUCCAGAAAUGUUUGCAGGUGCCGAACCAACAGCAGCUUCAGUCGCUUGGACUUUGGGAGGUGCGUUAUUCGAAAUGCUUUACGGAAUCCCACCUUUUUAUCACGACGACCCAUACGCCUUUAGACGCAAUGUCUGUUCAGAGCUGGAGAUAAGUUUUCCUACUCAUCCAACAUUUCCACCAAGCACGAUCGACCUGCUCAGCAAGCUCUUACGCAAGAAUCCCUGUCAUCGUUUCGGAAACUUGAAUCUCUCAGAUAUUGAAUCACAUGCCUUCUUUACUGAUGUUGAUUGGACAUGGCUGACCUCACGAGAGCGCGUUGUCAAGAUGCUUCCUCGGGCUGAAUGUCCCAUAGUUGAGGAAAUCAAAGACUACGUACCCUCAGCGUACACCGAAUUCUGCGGCAUUCGUGUUCACAAAUCCAACCUUGUAUUCCAGCCAGAAAUGCCGCAACGCAGAGAGAUAUCGUCGUGGCUACAUUCUCGCAAUCUCGCGGCUGUCGAUGUUGAAAGAAUCGUUCAAACAAUUUCCCUUCGAAACGCAGUCAGCAAAAAUGACAUAACAACGGCAAAGGAGCUUCUGUCGCAAGGAGCUCAUUGCAAUUUUGAGAGCGACGACAGCCCAGAAGAGCACUGCGAACCUAGAAGUUAA